CCGGGCGGGGGCGGGACUUCCUUUCUCGUGUGCCACUGACACCCCAAAGUGGAAGCUGGCUCUGAGCAAGGUUGCCAGUCGCUGUGGCCUUGAACGUGGUGCGCGGUGGUUCUCCCUUACUCCUGGCAGUGAUCCUCGCUCUCCUCCCAUGGCGCCUCACGGAGGCCUGGGAACUGGCUCCGAGAGGGCCGUGGAGGCGCGGCCACCCGCCCUCAGGAGCUUCCUCUGCAGGGCACUAGGUCUUUCCCCGCGAGUUUAUGCAGCCGCAGCUGUGGCCACAGAUUCGGAGGCUCAGGCGGAGGACCAGAAACUGCCUUCCUACGUGCCAGAACCCCAUUUACCGGAAUCAGGAUGGGAUCGCCUCCGGCAGCUGUUUUUCAAAGAUGAGCAUCAAAAAGUGUCAAAGGAACUUGAGAAUAUCUAUAAGGCAGCAGUUUCAGCAGGCAUCAUUGGUUGGGUAUAUGGAGGAAUACCAGCUUUUAUUGAUGCCAAACAGCGCUACAUUGAGCAUAGUCAAGCGGAAGUUUAUCACAGCCGACUUGAUGCUGCGCAAUCUGUACACCGAGCUGCCAUUCGAGGCUUUAUCCGGUAUGGCUGGCGCUGGAGUUGGAGAAUUACAGUAUUUGUGACUCUAUUCAACACAGUGAACACCAGCCUAAGUGUGUAUCGAAAUAAAAAUGCUCUAAGCCAUUUUGUCAUCGCAGGAGCCGUCACAGGGAGUCUUUUUAGAAUAAAUUUAGGCCUACGUGGCCUGGUUGCUGGUGGAAUAAUUGGAGCUUUGCUAGGCACUCCAGUAGGAGGUCUGAUGAUGACAGUUCAGAAGUACUAUGGUGAGACCAUUCAGGAAAGAAGAAAGAAGGAUCAAAAAGGUCUCCAUGACCUGAAAUUGCAAGAGUGGGAAACCAGACUACAAUUUAUAGAGCACCUCCCUGAAGAAAUUGAAAGUAACUUACAGAAAAAUCAAGCCAACGAAGAUAUUAGGAAAAUUGAAGCCCUGCUGAACCUUCCUAGAAACCCUUCAUCAGCAGAUAUGCAAGAUAAUAACUGAAAAUGCCCUGGAUAUUUGAAACUUUCGAAGAGUAAGAAAGUUAUGUUGCCAUAUCCAUGCUUUCUGACAUCUGUUAUGACAGAAAUUAAAAAAAAAAAAAAAAAAAAACUUUUUUAAAACCAA